UAACGAAAAAAAAUUCAAAUUGGAUACAUCACCACCAAUGAAACAUCAUCAAAAUAAUAAAUAGUAAUAAUAAUAGUGGACCGAGCUCAUUUAAAAAAGUGAGAACAGAAAUAAAAGUCUGGAACACAAUGAUUGAUUAAUCACUUAUAAUCCUAAUCACUUUCUUUCUUUCUUUUUACUCGUCUUUUAGCUCAAAAGAAGCGAAGAUUUCAAGGCAGAGAGAGAGAGAGAGAUCCAUGGAAGGUCUUCAAAGAUCAACCAUCUCCUUCCGCCGUCAGGGAUCUUCCGGCAUAGUCUGGGACGACCGUGUCAUCGCCGAGCUUAACAAACAGGCCAACGAGCAGAAAGAAGAAAGUCAACGCGACGAACAGCCUAAGCCGAUGUCUGAAACCUCAGAGCAACCGAAACCGAUCGCCGGCGACGAGAAAGACAAGCUCAGGCCGAUCAAAACCGGUGUUCCAACAAUCGAGAGGAGUCGAUCCAACGGCGGAGGAGCCGCACGACAUCACAGAACUACCGGAAGAGUGUCUCCUGCGGUGGAGCCGCCGUCUCCGAGAUUGUCGACGUGCGGUUGCUGCUCUGCGUUUGGGAAGAAACCGCCGGGGAAGAAGAAUAAUAAUCCGAGGAAAAGGCCACCGAAGCGCAGAUCGAGGUAGGCAUGCAAAAUUAUAAAGAGAUAAAUAGUAAUACUGUCUUUGAUCUUCUUCUUUUUUUUUUUUUUGUAUUUCUCUGUGUGGCUCUCUGAUACAAUCUUUAACUCUCUUCUGGAUUUCCUCCGGUUAAGCUAUAUAGAUUGUGAUACUUAUGAUUUUUUCUGGGUGAUUUGUAAAUUAGCUAUCGAGAUAUAAUUUCUGUAUAAAUCAAACCGACUUUCCGACA